UCUGUGUGCAAGUUCUAACUUAUAUUCCUCCGUGGUCCCGUCUUUCCACUGCUGCUAUCUCUCGUUGAUGUAAUGGAAUCGUGUGGACAGGUGUUGUGGAGUGGGAACUCUUUCUAAUGCCGCUUCUCAGAGAGCACACGUUUGUGCCAAAACCUCCUGUGUGCAGCAGCCCUGCAUAUGGGCAAACUUUCCAGGAAGUUUCCUUGAUGGCAACCGGGUUCAGACGGUCUGGGAGGAUUAAAAGCCUGCAGGGGCGUGGGAUUUGUUUUGUCUUAAUUCUCAAAGAUAUUAUGAAACGUCCAAAGAAAAACGAGUGGAUGGACACCAAAAGUAAGGAAGGCCAGGAGGAAGACGAAGAGGAGAAUGAAAGGGUGAGGAGGGUCAGGGUUGGGUUUAAGGUCAAGCGGGAGCGUCGGCAGGGGAGCAGCAGCGCCACCAUGUGCCAGGUGUGCAACAUAAGGCUAAACUCCAGCGCCCAGGCGCAGAUCCACUACAGAGGCAAGACGCACCAGAGGAGGCUCCGCCGACUGGCAAAAGCUGUCAGCGCAGGUGCGCUGUCCCAGAACCAGGUCCACCCUCUCCUCGGUUCUCUGCCCCUCCCGGGUCGACCCCUUCAGCCGCAGACCCACGCCCGGCUGGAGCACUUCCUGCCGCUCAGGGUCAACGGCUCCUCGCCCCUCAGCCUCUUCCCCAACUUCAACACUAUGGACCCGGUGCAGAAAGCGGUGAUUAACCACACGUUUGGCGUGUCUCAGCCGAAGAAGAAGCCCAUCAUUUCAUGCAACAUCUGCCACCUGCGCUUCAACUCAACUACCCAGGCAGAAGCCCACUACAAAGGUCACAAGCAUGCUCGCAAGCUAAAGGCCAUGGAGACCCAGAAGAACCGGCAGAAGAAUGGACCUGGUCAGCCCUCUGCUGGGAAAGACAGAGUCACAGAGACGGCGAUGAUGGAGGGGGAAACGGUGCAGAUCGAUGCCCAGCUGAAAGACAAAACAGACCCAAACGCCUCACCCCAACCUGAAAACAGCCAGGAGAACUCGCAGAGCGCCUCUCCUUCCUCCAUGCCUUCAUGCUCAGACUCCUCCUCACCCUCCUCUGCUCAGCAGACCCUCCAAGCCUCCGACGGCUCCCAGCUUUCCGACCUUCCUUCAGACGCCCCACAAGCAGACGGCAGCGACGCGGCCAGCGGUUCGGCAUCAGACCCUGAUCCUCAGGGAAGCGCCGCAGCAGGAGGAGAGGAGGCAGCAGAGGGGAAAGAGGCUAAAGAGGCCAAAAACAACAAAAAGCCUCUUCACUGUCUGACCUGCAAAGUGACGGUCAACUCCAACUCCCAGCUGGAGUCUCACUGCAGCGGCUCUAAGCACAAACAGAUGCUGGACGGUCAGAACAACAGCCAAUCGCAUCGCAGGGUCAAGGUGACAUCAACUCCCAGACCAAAAAGUCGAAUGAAGCAACGGAUGGGGAGCAAGAGCAGAACGGUUGUUGGUGUAACCAACCAAGCAUUUCACUGUGAACUGUGCCAAGUGUCUGUUAACUCAGAGACGCAGCUGAAGCAGCACACAAAUAGCAGGAGACACAAAGAGCGUUUGGCUGGGAAGCCUGUCAAAGCAAAGUUCACCCCCUAUAAUAAACUUCACCCCAAUGCUGUCUUAGCGACCAAACUGGCUCUGCACAAGCAGUUGUCCAAAGCCCUGCCGGCAGGGCUCCUGAGCGGCCCGUUCAGCCCAGCCGCACUGUGCAGCAUGACGUCCGGGCCCCUGGCGCUACGACUGCCUCCGGGGCCCGCAGCCAUCAUCCCCGGCCCCAUCAUAAACCCCACACUCUUCAGGCCUGCGCCGGGACCGCUAAGGGUCACACAUGCUCCUAUAAUCUUCUCUCCUUAUUAGCGAUUAGCACAAGCUGUUAGAACUGAGAGAGGAGUGGACAACUUUACCAAAUCUGGACUUGUGGAAAUGAUUAGCUUGGUCAUCUUUUCUCAGCACAGUUCUGCCUAGGUGACCCAAAACACUGCAGAUACAAACGGAGCAGCGGGAUUCUCAACUGAUGGAGGAUUCAGAGCUCCUGGAAGGAUCAGCUGUCAGUCGUUGCUGGCGAGCAAACAGCCGAGUGUGUGUCUGGACCUCUCUGCAAGCCAUAAUGAUCACUUAGUUUCAUUACUGACAACAACAAGCUAAGACAUCAAGGAGUUUAAAUGCUUGAAGACAUGCUUUCAUUGUAGAGACUUCUAAUCGUACUCUGGAGAAAACACUCGCAGCUUUAGUUUUCAUAAGGGAAUCAAAGCUUAUCGUUUCUAUGUUUCAUUAUUGUCCUAUAAAACAUUAUAAGAAUAUAAGCGACUUAAACAUUUAAAACAGAAAUCUGCAGUUUUGCACUGAUGAAAAUUUUGUAUCUUUACAAAGUUGCAUCUUUUUUAUGCUCAUUUAAUGUACAUUUGUUUUAUGUUAGAUUUAAAAUGUCUUUUUUAGUCUGUCUGUAUCAGUGUGAAAACGGUGACAAUCAGCCGCCAUGCUUAUACAGUAUGAAUGAAUGAGCGUCUACCUAAUGGAAAAAAUACACAACAUCUAAUGUACAAAAUGAGAUGAUUUUAAAUAAAGUUAUAGUUAUUGUUUGGUAUAUUUAUUAACGUUUACACUUUAGGUUGCCCUAUUUACAGCAUUUUUAUAUAAAAAGCAGUAUUUAUGUGCCUUUAUAGAUUUAUCAAUAUGUUGCUUACUUUCGUGAGGAGCAUAAAGAGGCAUAUUUCUCUUUGACACUACACAAAAUGGGAAAAACAAGAGCACAUUAUUUAUAAUCUCUCUAAUUUUGCCAAUAUUGAACUGCCAUUUGAUCCUUUGGAAAAACAUUUUAAUGUUUAAACAGGUGACAUUUAGGGUAAAAUAAUUAUGUGAUGCUGUUUGUGCACUACGAAUGAUCAAAUUCUGUCUGAGCUGAUCAGAAACAUCUAAAUGAGAUUUAUUUUGUGUUUAGAGGGUAAAAAACAAUCUAAUUUCAUUAUAAAUAUAAAUCUACCCUUUGACUGCUGAAACUCACUAAGCAAUAUUCUUUUUCUUUUCAUGCCACCUGCUAAGAUUAACCAGAAGUGUAACUGUUUAUUUAUUGCAAUAAUGUAAAUCAUUAUGUGACUAGAAAAAUGUUAAUAAUGUAUUCCACAUCAACUUAUAAAUAUCUCUUAUUUUGUAA